UCCGCCAUGCAAGCCGCGAAAAACGCAGAGCUGCACGCAAACCUUUCCUUAAUUCCUCACCGCAGUCGUCGUCCAGCUCGAUUAAUUUCCCUCUCGACCGAUCGUGCGCACGAUCGACUACAAUCCUCGUACCUCUUCUGAGAAAUCAAGUACAUUGCUCAACGUCGAGGCGCACCCAUGGCGGCGACCGUGCGCACAUGGCUGGUGGUGGCGGCGCUGGCGUGCGCGCUGACGCUGGCGCUGCGCUCGGCGGACGCGCAGGAGAGCGAGGCGCAGUCGCAGCCGACGUCGUCGUCGUCGCCGGCCCAGAAGCCCAACUGCGCUCCGGGCGCCGCCACGCCGUGCCGCGUGGGCGCGCUGCGCGACCCGGAGAACCAGGAGGAGGAGGGGCUGUUCAAUGUGAAGGUGAGGGCGCCGACCGCCGCGGGUGACUCCAGCGACAGCGACGACGACUACAGCGACCCCGACAAGCCCAAAGACCCCGACCAGUCCGACGACGACGAGCUUGUCGUUCUCGGCCACUGAUCUGAUCGCCCGGCCGGUCCGGCAUGAUCGAUCACGUGCGCGUGGCGCCGCAUGGUUUUUUGGUUUUGUUUGUUGGACUGGCCGGUGGCGGGUCGACCGGUGCU